UCGACGUGUGCCGCUAGUCAGUCAGUCGUCGGCCGCCGGCGCAGUACGUUGUGUUGGUGCUUUAUCGAACCUUGUAAGUUUCGUUUUACAGAACUGUGCUCCAAAUUUCUACAAGCUUGCACAUCUAACAAUUAUCAGAGAAGUUGGCGAAUUCUUUGCGAAUGAGAAUGCCAUUCGUGGUAACGUCAGAAUGCGUUUUCCCGCUGUUCGAUUAACGUGCGAGAGAGGGAAAGAGGAAUUCGUUUCACCCGCGUUGAAGUUCACGUGAGAUCACUGAAUCUCGUGUAAGCGGCGGCAAACGUGCGAUCUGUGUUGUGUUGUGCAUUUUAUAGUAUCCUUACGUAAAAAGUGUUUACUCAUUACGAUCACCUGUUACGCGUCCAAACCGGGCCCCCUGUGUGUUACGUUGGAUUAACCGGAUUAUGUGCAUCAUCGGGAUGUUCUUUUUGCUGACAUAAAUCAUUGGAAGCUAGGAACGAAAAGAGAGGUGCACCUGUGUGAAGCCGGAGGCGGAGGAUUCGGGGAACGGGAGAAUCUAGUGAGGACGCUGGGCGUAGCGGCGACGAAAUGAAGCAUGCAGCAUGCGUGGUAGCGGUGUCACGGCUGCGCGGUCCUGCCAACAACCCCUGGUGUCCGCCAGCCGCUAUCUCGCCGUUCAAAUCCUUCCUGGUGAUUCUCUUUCUUUCAUCGUUGAGGUGAAGUCGAGAGUGAAGGAGGUAUACGACCAAACAUGCGUGCUUCUCAGCCAGCAGGGCAUGCGAGACUGCGAACUGUUCGGCCUGGCAAUACUGUGCGACGGCGAGUAUCUGUUCGUCGAUCACGAGAAUAAAUUAACCAAAUACGCGCCGAAAAACUGGCGGAAUUCUCAUACAUACGGCUUAGACAGCAGCGGGAGACCAGUUUUCGUCUUCUACUUACGCGUUCGCUACUACGUCGACACGCCGUUGCUCUUAAGCGAUGAAACGACGCGCCACCAUUAUUACCUGCAAUUGCGCGACAAUGUCGUCAGGCACGGCGGCGGGGUGGAGAGCCUCCAUUCUCACCAUCCCUUACACGAACCGUCUAUCGUCACGCCGUUGCUCACACUCGCCGGUCUUGCCCUACAAGCCGAUCUUGGCGACUUCUCCGAGGAACGGCAUAAGCCACACGCAGGAUCUGUCGGAUACUGCAAGCCCGCCGAUUACCUACCGUCACACAUGUGCCUCGAGUCGGAUGUGCUCACGGUGCUCGCGGCACAGCACAGGGACAACCAAGGUUUAUCGAGGGAGGAGGCAGAGCUGCAAUACAUCCGGGAGGCGGUGCUGUUGGAGGCGCCGCUCAACGCUCAUCUCUAUCGGUUACGAAGAAGCAAGAACGAGGCAGGCCCAGGACGCAUAUUCCUGGCGAUUUGCGAUCGCGGGGUGCGAGUCUACACCGAGGAGGAAAAGCCUCGGGUCUUCGCCUGGAACAAUAUCGGCAAACUCUGCUUCGACCGGAAGAAGUUUGAGAUACGGGCAGUCGAUCAGCCGGACAAGCUCACCCUCUACAGUGGAUGCGAUGAAAAAAGCAAGCUGCUUCUGGGACUCUGUCGAGAUACCCAUCAGUUCACCAUGGCCAUAGCACCUAGAGUAAACGAGGUGAAAAGGCGAGAGGAGGAAGAGAGGAAGGUACUUCGCGACUGCUACAUGUAUCCUGCCCGAUACAAGCUGAGUUUAACGGCACGUGGGGCGUGCGGUGACCAACGAAUUUCUGUUAUCUCGAGCACGUCGUCCAAUACGACUUCUGGAAUUGUCAGCGACCGGGUUCACAGCGAGGACGAGCCAGAUAUGGCGCCCGCCUCGACCGAAUGUUUGCCACGUCUUACUGAGAGCACUUCGUACCCCGGUGCUCAGUGCGGCGUUGUGAACGGCGCGAACGCGGACAACGAGGAUCGUUCCAUGCCGUCCUCGCCAGUCUCCACCGUCGAUGAGGUCGACGGUACAGACAGCACACCCACAACUGUUACGUUGCGAUUGGCAUCGAGCGUGGUCACGGCUGCUGAGGGGUCACAAUGUAGCAGCAGCUGCAGCACGGUCGUGGUUGUGAGUGCACCUGCUGGUGGACCGCCGCGAAUGCGGCGCACAUCCGCGACUUCCAGUCUGGAACUCGGUUACUCGCAUACGGCACAGAAUUCAGCAGUUUCGUCGGAAACUGCUAGCUUUCCAGGCGCCAUUUAUGAUAGAUGCAAAAAAGGUGGCAAAUACGCAGGCACUGAUAUUGCAAGCGAGACCAGCGGAGUAUAUACUCUCAGGAGUAGCGAGAUACAGGAUGAAAGAAUGGCAGAUCUAUAUUCACCAACCGGUGACGCGAACGGAUCUUCCACGGCGAGCGACGUGUGUGCCUUAAGUUCCGUCCAGUCAACGACCGACGAGGCGUCCGUAACGUCCGGUUUUUCUACCAUACCCAGUGGCCUUAGAUCCGAAACGAGCGACGUUUACACGGAAGAUGUUGGCGCGGAGGAUCAGGAACCAAUUUACAGCGUCUGCAAAGGUGACGAGGACGUUGGUAACGUGGUGUCGACCAUAACGGCAGCUCUGGAUCAGCAGCUGGAGGACUCUAGAUCACGUAGCAACAGCAUACUCAGCGUAGGAAGCUUCAGAGGCGACGGGAGUGAUCCUUCCAACGUCGGGCCUCUGCUGUCAGCCAACGAGCUUUCCGACUUGAUAGUCGGGCGUUAUCCUCCUCGGAAAACCAUCAGCAACUCCAUGGAUUCCGAUUGCGAUUACGUUACCAUGCCUCCGCCACCUCCGCCGCCAAGAACUGACAGCGACAGGCAACUUCCACCACCACCUCCUUACCCAGCGAGCAUGGACUACGCAACGAUAAACUCGACGCGGCCCAACAUAUCCGACAUCGAGAGGGAACCGCCGCCUCCGCCACCGUACAACGCCACUCGCAGCGAGUUUGUACCUCUACCGCCGCGACGGACCGAUCCACCGCCACCGCCACCUUACACCUCGCCCAGAGAAAGAAUUCAGAUACCACCGCCCACGCCUCCGAGAAACGACGCGAUAACGCCCAGAGAACCACCGCCGCCGCCGCCGUAUCCGGAGGUGUCGGAGGUCACUCGACAGGAAGCAAUCUCCAAGCUGUAUCCAGCCACCAGCGAGGAGAUCGUGUCAAGGGUCGUGACGUCGACGAAGAUACAAACUAGCUUGGCGAACAGCAUGAUGAACGCCACUCUGGCAGCUUCGAAGACAAUCAGCGGCAGCCAAGCGAACGUGAACGUGGACGUUGCUACAAUCGCCCCGAAACCGCCACCCAGAAUUCAACCACCCACAUAUCCCGGUGACAAAAUGAAACCCACGCCGGUCCAUGCUCCCGUAGCGGCUCUUGUCGUUGGACCGAACAAUUACCUGGAUGUGCACGCUUCACGAGGUGGUCCGGUCUUGUUGCCUUACUUAACACCACCGCCGCCCCCGCCACCCCCUCCACCACCCAUGGUACAUCCCAGACAACCUCCGCCGCCACCGCCCAGCUUGGCUACCGUUUACACGAGUCAAGUUGCGAGGUCGCAGAUCGAACAGUACAAGCAGCAACUAUACUCAGACGUCGAUUACGUGAUGUUCCCUUUGAAGGAUCCCGCGGUGUCGAAGCAAGAGUACAUCGACGCGAAGCAGGGAUCGCUUCUGGCUGCCAUGGCCGCCUAUCCUCCCCCGCCUUAUCCCUCUUUUAACAAUAAAUCGUUAGUAAUGUAUCGUAGCACACCGUACCUUCCUGGCUCCUCGUUCUCGUCACCCACGAAAUACGCUUCGAAUCAAAACCUUAGUAGCAGCGACACGAGCUCUAACAAUUACUUACCGCAUAGUAACCUGAGCAGCCACUACGCUGCUAGUACAAGCUCACUAUAUAGCGGAGCUACUUGUUCGUCGGCAGGAAGUCAGAGUCUUAGACGCGAACCGCCAGCCCCAGCUCAUCCGCACACGCUGCACGCGUUCUCCAGGACGAGAAGCGACGAGAACAUAUUGAAGUGUUUCGACUCGCCUUCCAGCAACAAGCUGCAGUCGCUACCGCAGUUCAAGCAUCGCCGACUUCCGCCACCUCCGCCGCCGCCGCCUUACGAGAUACAGAACCUCGAGAAGAAUCAACCACUUCCAUCCGCCUCUUCAUCGUCUUCUUCGCCGAAGAAGACGCCAAAAGCAAUAGCGAUGGAGGAGUGCGAGGAAGGGAAAGAAGACGGAAUGUUGGACAUACGAACGCUUCGCGAGAAGAGUCGUAACCUCGACUUGCCGCUGAUAUCGGCGUUGUGCAACGACCGGUAUCUGUUGAAGCAGACGAAAGCGUUCGUGAUGCCGAAGCAUCCCGCCGAGGCGACCUCCUCGUCGUCCGCGAAGAACGGCACGAGAAGCAGCAGUGGCGGAACAUCCAGCAGAAACAAGUACCCGGUCAGUGGUCUCUCCACCACGCAGAUCACCAAACCUCCGAGGAAAUCAUCGACGAGUACUCACAAACACCCGGCCGAGGUGAAGGGCAACGCUUACAAAGUGACCAACUCGACAGGCGUGUCGGUUGUCAAGAAGGAUCCAACAAGAGCGUCGCAUUCGUAGGACAGAAAGCGGGAAGAAAAAUGGAAAGUGGAGGAAAGAGAGUUGGCAAACUCUUGCAAACGUUAUUCGAAAGUGACCCAUCGAGGACCAAUCGUCUUCUACAUUUGAUCUGCAUCAUUCUUUCUCAAUCAUCUUCGAAUCUCUCGGUUUCUCAGCAUUGUCAUGAAAUUGAAAUUCCACGUCUCUAUUUCUUCUAGUCAGAGUGUAAAAUUGUGUACGAUUGAAAGAAAUUGAAAUAUUGAUAUGUAAAUCAUCGUUUGGCCAUUGAUGGGUUAAGUACGUCGUUAUACCUCGAUCAAACUACAUUCCACGAAACUGUUCGAACCAUUUCCAUGACUGUUAACGCUCUGCCCUUGAAAUAUAUAUCGGGCAGCAAUAAGCGCGAGGAAUAAGGUUGUCUCGACACCUUUUAAGUACUUAAAUAGCGUUUCUACACAAACCGUGCUUCUUCAACUCAGGGUGCCAUGUUUUAUCGUUUACGAUUCUCCUGCUCGUCGCGAAUACUCGAAGAAGGAAAGGAAAGGAAACGAAUGUCCGACGACAGAUCAGACCUUCGCGAGUGUUUGAAAGGACACACCGUUGCGAAGCUGUCUGUUAAUGUAAUAUCUCUCUUCUUCUCUAAUUCUCUCGCUCUCGUGAUCUCUCUUUGAUACUCCUGGAAAAUUGUACUUCUCCCUCUUGCAGACGAAGCUUGUUUCUUCUCUUUCGUACGUAGAGUAGUUGAAAUACACACACCGAUGAUAAAAGCGUCCAUUCUCAAACCCUCUCUCUCUUUGUUUUUUGCUCAAUUAAGCGUGAAACGAAAAAGGAAAAUCGAAUGCUAUAGAUUUUUUUUUUUAAAUCUUAUUAACGACGGAGGAGCUGGGGAAAAAAACGCUCUUACGUGUAGUUUAUCCGAAACUAGGGUGACGAUUUUCGUAGGUACUACUAAUUACGCGGAUAUUUUUAUACGAAUGGAAACAGGUAUAAUUAUUGUAACUAGCGAGAUAGUACCGUUUCUUUUUUUUCUCUUUCUUUUUUUUUUCUUUUUUUGUGUUUACGAAAGUAAUAUUUAUUACGAUCCAGAUCCAUUCUGGUCUUUAUUUUUUUUUCUACGUUUUUUUUUUUUUCUCGUUUUAAUAACUUCGAUCAGUGUUCGCUUUGUGACACUGUCUCUAUCGAUGCGUUUUCAUGCAUUAUGCGUGUACGUUAACUGUAAGUGUAGUCGUUUAUUUAGGAGAGUUUAAGCGUUAAGUGUACUCGAUGAGGAAACGAAAAAAAAAUAAUAUUGUUCCUUCCUCAGUGACUGGACAUUUGUUAUGGGAGAAAGGUUGAACGAAUCCUUCAAUAACGAGAUAACCGCGAGAACACGCUGUUAAUAGAAAAUGUCUAUACACUGCACUACAGAACGCGCACUAGAAGAUAACACGUGACAAUUAAGAAUUGCGUAAGAUUUGCGUGAAAGUGAAUCAUUCAAACAUAAAUAUCUUUAGACUAUAGCGUAAUGAGUAAUAAUUUUAGUUGUCUAAGUUGACAUAUGUUAAUUAAUAUUAGAUAUUAAUAAUACAACAUGACCCAUGUCUGUACAUAGUAUUUGCGAAAUCAUAGGACUUGUUGUAGUCGGAAACCUCAUGUAUGUACCACACGUCACCUCAGCUAUGAAAUAAUAAACUUUUUUGAUAAUGAA